UAUCUUGCUUAUCAAGACGUCUUCUUCUUCAUGCAUGCUCACUCUCACUCACUCAACCAAACCAAGUUGACACUCCUCCGAUUCACCCCACAUUCCGAUCUCAAUGGAAGUUGAGUGUAUGCGAUCAUGCAUGCGAAAACUCUCCAUCUGGUACACCCCCAAUUUCAAGCCCAUCAUCACCCACGAUGAGCUCGAUAAAAUCUUGUCUACAUUCGGCUUCACCGCCGCUGCUUCCACCACCCCCGGUUGGAAAGAAUACUCCUUUUCCGCUGCCGGAACUUUUCUUGCCAAAUCCCCCUCUCCUCCUCCUCGCCCCCGUCUUCCGUAUCCCAGAAUUGACGGCUUACAUGUCACAACUUAUCGAUCUUUUUUGGAUUCUGUUAAUUUUUAUCUCCGGAUGAAUAACAUUUCGGAUCUUUUUCAUGUUCGGGGAGUACCAUUGCACCAUGCUCAUGACAGGAGCCACAAGUGGUCGAGAAUGGUCAAAGACGAUUUGGUGUAUGUGUACAGAGAGGGAACCAUGGACAUGUCAGCAACAUGCAAGAACAGCAACAAGGAUCCCAAGUACAAAGAGGGAGCCAUGGACAUGUCAGAAAAAUGGAAGAAUGCCAACGAGGAUGAGGAUCCUGCUUCGAUCAUUGUUCCAUGGAAAAACAUCAUGAAUAGGAUAAUAUAGUAACAUAAGCAUACAGUUGACCUUGUUUAAUUAUUGUAUCAUGAGAUUUUUUAUUGUAUGAUGGUGUUUACUGGAUCAAUAGAUCAGUAUGAUUUUGACAAUACAUGUGAAGGGUGAAUAUGUUUGUUUCGAA